AUGGCGCAGACCCAGUCUCACCAGCUGCCUCCUCGCACCUUUUCUCCCCCUGCCUCCAGUCCCUCUCCUGGUACCCAGCAAGCUUCGGUGCCAGGUAGCAACGCACCCCCUCCGCCCAAAAGACAGCGUCUCUCGCCUCUUCCGCAGUCAACACAGCCAUACAACUCUCCUCACUUUGCGCCAGUGCAGCUGUCUGCGAACGGGAACGCUGUUCCAGUGAAUGGCAUGGCAAAACAAGUCCCAAAUGCGCCCCCGCCACCAGGCUUGAUGGGGCCCCCUUCACGACCGGUGGAAAAGGCGACAGACACCGCCGAGCUUACAGAUGUGCUCGCAUCGUCCGGUAUAGAUGUGAAGGAAGAGGAAGCGUUUUUGACUAGUGGAUAUGCAAAACCAGUAGCAGCUCAAACCCAGCAAACGCACCCCCAGUCUAUCCCACACCCGCCGCGCCAGCAAGCAAGCUUCUCAAACUCGUUCAAUUCACUACCACCUAUCGGGCCCAUCACACCCUCAACCAGCUUUUCUGAACAGCCGCCCAAGCAACCCGGCUUUCAACCCACAGGCUACCUUCAUCAGGCACCAGCUGCCCCUGCUCCGCCUAUUAAAUCACCGGAAGAGAUAGCCCGGGAUGAACAACUACGGCAAGAUACCACUGCUAGCAGAAGGGAACAGUAUCAUCUCCAAUCUGCUUUUCUACAUACGGCUGUUAUGGAGAAAAAGCUUGAGAAACGGGCCCAGGAACACGGAGUCAGGAUGCCCAUGAGUGGCGUGUUCAAACCCCUUCCGGGGCGUCCUACAGGGCCUGUUGAGGUCACUGGUCCAGACGGCUCCUCUGUCAUCAGAAGAGACAAGACUAUUCUUAACCCUGAAUCAGCUCUAGGCGAUAUUAUAUCACUGCUAUCAUUAGCCUCAGAGGAGAGGCUUCGGUCCGUCAUCGAUCACUCCGUGACUCUCUCGAGAAAUCGGCGAGUCAAUUCCCACGGUGCCGUACCUCCUGAGUGGGCCGAUCUAGCUUUAACACAAGAGUCGACAGUCGAUGAUAGUACUCCUGCAACAAAACCUGAUCAAGCUCCCACAGCCGAAGCGACGGUUGACAACACCACUCCAACGGCUAAGAAGGCUACACCUAGCACGUUGACAUUGAAAAGCCGUCGGCUGAUCGGCAGAGACGAAUCGCAUGAAGAACGUCGGGCCGCCAAACGUGCAAAACGCAACUCAGAUGCCAUCCUCGGCACUGAUGGCCGAUUACCGACUCCUGGUGCAUCCACACCCAACGGCCUCGAUCGUGCUCAGGACAUCGAUAAGAAAAUAUCCAAGAAGGAUAUCAAGAAGGUCGAUGUUAAGGCUACGGGUGCGGUACAACACCAGCACGCGAUUGAAACUGCCCGUAUGCAGACAACCAGUCUCUCUUCACGGUUCGGCAAGAAAGGAGGCUACAGCUGGCUUAAAUCUUCACAGCCGGCGGUCAGUAGAAGCGGCUUUUCAACACCCUCUCGACUCAGCACAGCAGCAGCCGCUGGAUCAGCCGCAGGAGUCAACGGAAAGCCGGGCUCUAACGCAGCCAAUAUAAAAGCUAUCCGCAAGCAAUUCGGCGAUUGGCGGGAGGACAAGGAGAAUGGAGCUGGCAUCCAAAUCCGAGACCUACUCUUUACGUUAGAAGUGGACGGUAGAGGCAUAAAACAUCUACAAAAGGCUUAUUCUAAGGACGCAAAGGAAGAUUUUGCAGUCUCCUAA